AAUGGAGGAAAGUGAUUGCCCUCAGUCCUUGCAAUUUUGGGAGCUUUCAUUUGUGGUGCUGAUUGGGAAAGGUUGAAAGCUGUGAUCAAGUUCAGGAAGUAGAUGGGUAAGAUCAUGUGGUUAUGUGUACUUGUGUUAAUGGGUCUGUGCAACACUGUUGUGUCAAAAUCGCUCAUCAAGUCUCUACCUGGCUUUCCUGGUAUGCUUCCCUUCAAACUUGAAACUGGAUACAUUGGUGUAGGAGAAUCAGAAGAUGUGCAGCUAUUUUACUACUUCAUUGAGUCAGAGAGGAAUCCAAGUGAUGACCCAUUAAUGCUUUGGCUUACUGGAGGUCCUGGUUGUUAUGCUCUUUCUGGCCUCAUAUAUGAAAUAGGUACAUAUUGUCCAUUAGCUUUUGACUCUGGAAAUUCCAAUGGGCACAUUCCAACAUUUGUAUUGAACCCAUACUCAUGGACAAAGGUUCUUGCUGUGAAGAAAAUAAAUUCAUCUGCUCUUCCAAAUCACUUGUCUAAAGAUUUUAUGGAUAUAGUUUCAGACGUAUCCCGGUUGCGGCAUCCAAAUAUAACAGAGCUUGUUGGUUAUUGUUUAGAGCAUGGACAGCACCUGCUGGUAUAUGAGUUCCAUAAAAAUGGUUCUCUUUAUGACUUCCUCCAUCUCUCAGAUGAAUUUAGCAAGCCAUUGACCUGGAAAAAACGUGUCAAGAUUGCUUUAGGGACUGCACGUGCACAAGAGUAA